AUGGAGAGGAUUGUGACACGUGGUGAGUUAAGCGGUGACACGAAUCUCCUUUGGAUCAUUGGAUGUGGAUCGUCGCAUUUAUUUCCAGAAGAAGGUCCUAGUGGAGGAAUCUGAAGGUUCUUAGGUAACAUUUCGAAAACAAGACGUUGUGAUGGUGACCACUGUACAUUGUUCUUUGUACCCGGUGGUUGUUUGUGACUAGGACCCGAAGGUGGAACAAGCCUUCUUGUAACCGGUGGUUCUUCCGGAAUAGGACCCGAGGAUGGUCCUGAUUCUUUCCGGCUUGGACCCGACGGUGGAACAAGCAUUCCUGUGAUGUGCUUUGGAUCAACCGAUCUUUCGAGUGAUCUUCGCGACUGACGAAAGUUUCCAGAUUGAUGCAAGAGGCUCUUCUCCGUAGCUUCAAGAACACCUACAGAGACAAAGAGGAGAACAAACAGUGUUGCCACAACGUACGAAUUUGAUUUCUUCAUUACAAGAUACUUUUUGAAAACUGGUGUAGUAAACUCUGUGAUGAUCAUGUUUGCGUUUUAUAACAUUGUCAUAGUUCUAAUCUUAUUUCUUCAUAAUACAUUAUGGUAAUCCUUUUAGUGCAACUUUGAAUAGUCUCAUUAACAAAAGGGAAUUUACUUUU